CUGGCCGGAGACGUGUAGUUCUUUAGCGGAAAUCUGAGAAGAUUGAAGUCGUAUCAAGCUCUAAUUUUUCAACUGCGCUUUUUUUAUUGUAUGAACAUGCAGAUCUUUGUGAAAACCCUCACUGGCAAGACCAUCACCCUGGAGGUCGAGCCCAGCGACACCAUUGAGAACGUCAAGGCUAAGAUCCAGGACAAGGAAGGCAUUCCCCCUGACCAGCAGAGGCUGAUCUUUGCUGGCAAGCAACUGGAAGAUGGCCGCACCCUCUCCGACUACAACAUCCAGAAAGAGUCCACCCUCCAUCUUGUCCUGCGUCUGAGGGGUGGCAUGCAGAUCUUCGUUAAGACCCUCACUGGCAAGACCAUCACCCUGGAGGUCGAGCCUAGCGACACCAUUGAGAACGUCAAGGCUAAGAUCCAGGACAAGGAAGGCAUUCCCCCUGACCAGCAGAGGCUGAUCUUUGCUGGCAAGCAGCUGGAAGAUGGCCGCACCCUCUCCGACUACAACAUCCAGAAAGAGUCCACCCUCCAUCUUGUCCUGCGUCUGAGGGGUGGCAUGCAGAUCUUCGUUAAGACCCUCACUGGCAAGACCAUCACCCUGGAGGUCGAGCCUAGCGACACCAUUGAGAACGUCAAGGCUAAGAUCCAGGACAAGGAAGGCAUUCCCCCUGACCAGCAGAGGCUGAUCUUUGCUGGCAAGCAGCUGGAAGAUGGCCGCACCCUCUCCGAUUACAACAUCCAGAAAGAGUCCACCCUCCAUCUUGUCCUGCGUCUGAGGGGUGGCAUGCAGAUCUUCGUUAAGACCCUCACUGGCAAGACCAUCACCCUGGAGGUUGAGCCCAGCGACACCAUUGAGAAUGUCAAGGCUAAGAUCCAGGACAAGGAAGGCAUUCCCCCUGACCAGCAGAGGCUGAUCUUUGCUGGCAAGCAGCUGGAAGAUGGCCGCACCCUCUCCGACUACAACAUCCAGAAAGAGUCCACCCUCCAUCUUGUCCUGCGUCUGAGGGGUGGGCAGUAAACUCAUCUAGAUUCUAUGUUUUGAAGGUUCUCUCACAAUGUUCUGUGAAUUACAUGUUGUAUUGGUGAGUUAAUGAAGUAUGGUGUUUUAACCUUAAAAAAAAAAAAAAAAAAAAA